AUGAUUCUCCAAGUUCUGAUGGUGACAUGCGCAACCUCAGUGUUUUAUCUCGACCGUGUGUCUUCAAGCGAGCAGCCAGUUGUGCGAAUACACUCCGGCAUUGUAGAAGGAAGAACACUGAGUGUAGACGGUAGAGACGUGGAUGUAUUUUACGGAAUUCCAUAUGCCAAGCCACCAGUGGGCGAUCUCCGGUUUGCGAAACCCCAGCCUACGGAACCUUGGAAUGCAACAUUCGUUGCCACGAAAGUGCCUACACCGUGCCUGCAGUUGGACUUCCGUUUUUCGAGCGAUAUGGUGCUAAAUUAUUCUAACUCGUCCGAGGACUGCCUGUUUCUGAACAUCUGGAGGCCCACGCGAGACUGCGGGCAGGUCGGAUCGUGCCAAGUCAAGCUUCCCGUUGUGAUUUUUUUGUACGGUGGCGGUUUCCAGUUCGGGGACUCGGGCCUCCGCGUGUACGACGGCAGAAAUUUCGCCGCGUUGACGGACGUCGUUUUCGUUUCCUUAAAUUACCGCCUUAACAUUUUCGGUUUCCUAUCUGCGGAUUCACCCGCUUUGCCCGGGAACAUGGGUCUUUGGGAUCAGCUCAUGGCAUUCAAGUGGGUCAAGAGGAACAUCGGUUAUUUUGGAGGAAAUCCGGACGACAUCACGCUCAGUGGUCAGAGUGCCGGGGCCAUUGCGGCGGGACUGCAUUCCAUUUCUCCCCUGAGCAAAGGGCUUUUCAACAGACUCGUCAUCGCGAGUGGAACUCCCCUCACGAUGAUUUUGAUGUUGUCAUUCAAAGGAAUCGGAAAAUUUGUGGAUAUCUCCGUUGCAUUGGGUUGCUACGAUGUCCGAAAAGACCUACCCACUCAGAUUGAAGAAAUACUCGUUUGUUUAAAGAAAACUGACGCAUCUGUGAUUAAGUCGACUCUGAGCAAACUAAAUCCGGCAAGAAGAACAUUCGUUCCCAGGUAUGGCGACGAGAUUCUUCCAUACGAUCCCCUCGAAGAUGGCGAUUGGAACAUUAACGUGAAAGACAUUCUUAUUGGGACAGUCCAGGACGAGGGAACUUUCAUGGUCCAUGCACUUCGAAAAACGAUUCCAUAUUUUUUAGACCUCCUGAACUCCGACCACUCGCUCGGUAUCUCUCUUGGGCUGAAGGUUAUGCUCGAUAUUCCGAUCGCAUCUGGGAAAGAAAUUGUUAAGAUUUACUUCAAGGGGUACAGUGAUAACCCUGACAACGAAACGCUUGUGAAAAUCUUGUCGGAAAUCAUCGGCGAUGCUGGCUUCGUGUGCCCCACCAACUUGUUUGCCGAGAAGGCUGCUCAACAAGGCGUCAAUACGUACCGAUACGUGAUCGCGUACAGGGCAUCCUACAGUGUAUGGCCAAAAUGGAUCGGCGUCGGACACGGCUCUGAAAUACCCAUGUUGUUGGGAUCUCUGCCCAUAUUCGUCAACGAGCCUCGAUUUAACGCACCUCGCGAGGAGCGGGAGCUUCUUUUGAAGAAAAUGCGAUAUUCUGAAGACGAUAUGACUUUUAUGCAUCAACUUCUUGGGACUUUGUACUCAUUCGUUCACGAAGGGAAACCAACGAUUCCACUGUCAGACGCUGAGUGGCCCAAGUACACUGCCGAGAACCCCGAAUUCAUCUACCUUCAGCCCAACAACUACACCCGGGGAUUAGGUCCAAAGAAGGAUCGCUGCGAAUAUUGGCGGCCCUAUCUGCUGAAAAAAAAAACAACAACGACGACGACGACACCUACAGUGAAAACGCCACCCGGCCACAGACCUUCGGACCCCAGGAAGACGUCUUCGAAAGAAAAAACACUCGAAGGAAAUGACAUUUCGAGAUCUUCCAUGCCAGCACCGUCAGCAGUUAUGUACGGUGUACUCAUUCUUGCUGCCUUACGAGCUUUGAUCUAA